ACUGCGCUUAUGUGACAGAGGCUGUGAUCUCUUUUCUCUCUGCUAUCUCCACAGCAGGAUCAGAUUCCAGCUCAACACUGUGUGCUCCUAUGUAUUCUUUUUUCUCCUCUCUCCCUUUCAAUAAGCAGCAGCAGCUUGUGUCUAGCCCCCUUCUCUCCUCCUCCCCCUCCCCCUUGUACUGUGAGUGCCCUCUUUCCCACCCCCUCUCCUUCUGAUCACUGUCCAUUGGCUUGCCCGGGUCUGGUUUUCCUGUCCAGCCCCUUAUGAAUGUCCAUUGGUGUUGCCUUCCCUCCUCCUCUCCUCUCCCCCUGGCCCUGCCCAUGUUUUGUAUGUCUCUGUCCAUCCAGCUCCUGACGUUCAAGUUUGCAGGGACGUCACGUCCGCACUUGAACUUGCAGCUCAGGGGGGCUUUUGCCAUUUUUUUCAUUUCUCUCCUUCUCUAUCUCUCUCUUCUUUUUUUUCACCCCCCUCCAAAACGGAAAAAAAAAAAAAAAAAAAAAAAAAAGGCAUGACGGCUGUCCCACAAUUCAUCUCCCCUGCACCAUCUUUGUAUUAUUUCUAAUUUAUUUUGGAUGUCAAAGGCAUUUGAUGAAGAUAUUUUCUCUGGAGUCUCCUUCUUUCUAACCCUGCUCUCCCGAUGUGAACCGAGCUCUCACAAGCCACCCACCGACCAACAUGUCUCGCCGCAAGCAAGGCAAGCCCCAGCACUUAAGCAAACGGGAAUACUCACCCGAACCUGUCGAAGCCAUUCUAACAGACGAUGAACCAGACAACAGCACAUUGGGAACUGGAGAAGGGGACCAUGACCUCCUUACCUGUGGCCAGUGUCAGAUGAACUUCCCAUUGGGGGACAUUCUUAUUUUUAUUGAGCACAAGCGAAAACAAUGCAAUGGCAGCCUUUGCUUAGAGAAGGCUGUGGAUAAGCCGCCCUCACCUACGCCAAGUGAGCUGAAGAAAGCGUCCAAUCCUGUGGAGGUUGGCAUCCAGGUCACGCCGGAGGAUGAUGACUGUUUGUCAACGUCAUCUAGAGGGAUUUGUCCUAAACAGGAAAAUGCCGCAGGCAAGGAUGAGCCCAGCAGCUACACAUGUACAACAUGUAAACAGCCAUUCUCCAGUGCAUGGUUUCUCCUGCAACAUGCACAGAACACUCACGGCUUCAGAAUCUAUCUGGAAAGUGAACAUGGCAGUCCUCUUACACCCCGGGUAGGCAUUCCAUCAGGACUGGGUGCAGAAUGUCCUUCACAGCCACCACUCCAUGGAAUUCAUAUUGCUGACAAUAAUCCCUUUAACCUAUUGAGAAUCCCUGGAUCAGUAUCAAGAGAGGCUUCUGGUCUAUCUGAGGGUCGAUUCCCACCAACUCCCCCAUUAUUUAGCCCCCCACCAAGACAUCAUUUGGAUCCACAUCGUAUAGAACGUCUGGGUGCAGAAGAAAUGGCUCUCGCAACACAUCACCCGAGUGCCUUUGACAGGGUACUGCGACUUAAUCCCCUGGCUAUGGAGCCACCAGCAAUGGAUUUUUCAAGGAGACUUAGAGAGCUAGCUGGUAACACUUCCAGUUCCAGCCCCCCUUUGUCGCCCAACCGGCCAAGCCCUAUGCAAAGGUUACUGCAGCCAUUCCAGUCCAGCAGCAAACCACCAUUUUUGGCAACUCCACCCCUCCCUCCUCUUCAAUCUGUACCUCCUCCUUCCCAACCUCCUAUUAAAUCAAAAUCUUGUGAGUUUUGUGGGAAAACUUUUAAAUUUCAAAGCAAUCUAGUAGUACACCGUAGAAGCCACACUGGAGAAAAACCUUAUAAAUGCAACCUGUGCGACCAUGCAUGCACGCAGGCCAGCAAACUAAAACGCCACAUGAAAACGCACAUGCAUAAAUCCUCCCCAAUGACAGUUAAAUCAGAUGAUGGUCUUUCCACAGCCAGUUCUCCAGAGCCAGGGACCAGUGAUUUAGUUGGCAGCGCAAGCAACGCCCUCAAGUCUGUAGUGGCCAAGUUUAAAAGUGAAAAUGAUCCAAACAUGAUCCCAGAGAAUGGUGAUGAGGAAGAAGAGGAAGAAGAAGAGGAGGAGGAGGAGGAGGAGGAAGAAGAGGAGGAGGAGGAGGAUUUGACAGAAACAGACAGUAGGCCGGAUUAUAGUUUUGCCCUAAAUCUUGAAGCUGCUCGUCACCAUGAAAACAACUCAAGAUCUGGUGAGGAAAGCCGAUCAAUGUCUGAUGUCAUGCAAGGUGUGGGUCUUGGUGCAAUGCAUCACUUUAGUGAUGCCUUUCAUCAGGCUUUGGUUGAUAAACAUAAAAGGGGGCAUUUACCUGAGCCAGAAGCGCAAAGAGACACUUGUGAUGAAGACUCAGUGGCAGGAGAAUCAGAUCGAAUAGAUGGUGGUACUGUUAAUGGGAGGGGGUGUUCACCUGGUGAAUCUGCUUCAGGAGGCUUGUCAAAAAAGUUACUUCUUGGUAGCCCAAGUUCCAUGAGUCCGUUUUCUAAACGCAUCAAACUUGAGAAGGAAUUUGACCUCCCUGCUGCAGCUAUGCCUAACGCAGAAAAUGUUUACUCUCAGUGGCUUGCUGGCUAUGCCGCGUCUAGGCAGCUAAAAGAUCCAUUCCUCACUUUUGGAGACUCUAGACAAUCGCCAUUUGCCUCCUCUUCAGAGCACUCAUCUGAAAAUGGUAGUUUACGUUUUUCUACACCUCCAGGGGAGAUGGAUGGAGGAAUUUCAGGCCGUAGUGGCACAGGAAGUGGCAGAAGCACUCCCCAUAUUAGUGGCCCAGGGCCUGGAAGGCCCAGUUCAAAAGAGGGCAGGCGCAGCGACACUUGUGAGUACUGUGGAAAAAUCUUCAAGAACUGUAGUAACCUUACUGUUCACAGGAGGAGCCACACUGGUGAAAGGCCAUAUAAGUGUGAGCUUUGCAACUACGCCUGCGCGCAGAGUAGCAAACUUACCCGGCACAUGAAAACACAUGGUCAGGUGGGAAAGGACGUUUACAAAUGUGAAAUUUGUCAGAUGCCUUUUAGCGUGUACAGUACCCUGGAGAAACACAUGAAAAAAUGGCACAGUGAUCGAGUCUUGAAUAAUGAUAUAAAAACUGAAUAGAGGUAUAUUGAUAAACCCCGUGUAGAUUUUUUUUUCUAGUCCCUUGUGAUAAAAAAAAAUAAUGAAAGCAAAGGAUACAAGACCGUGCUUAUCACUAGCACUCCUGAUUUUUUAAAAUAAUUUUUUCUUUAUUUUUUUGUUCUCACCGUUUGAAUGCAUGUUCUUUAUUGGGGCAAUACUAUUGCAUUUUACGCAAACUUUGAGCCUUUCUCUUGUGCAAUAAUUUACAUGUUGUGUAUGUUGUUUUUCUACCUUUAAUUUUUUUUAUAUAAUAGACAGCAUGUAUGGUAUUGUUAUAGCUAUUUUCAUUUGUCCCUGAGUUAGUUGCAAAACAAACAUUACUCUUUCCAGUUCUGUGCUGACAAGUGACCAUGCUGCAUACAUUCUGCAAUACAUAUCAUGUACAGUUUUGUGUUCUGAUGUGCAGAGGGAACAUCUCUUCACCAGACUUCCAGGGACAGGUAUUAUAGUGCUGCAAAUGCUGGUGGAACCUCAUCUCCUCAUGCCAGGGGUUACUUUUUAGUGUUGUAAAAAGCAAAUAUUAUGACAAAAGAUGCAAACCAACAAAAAACACAUAGAAAAUGGCCUUCAAUUAGUAAUUCGUACUAUCAUUUGGUUUAAAUAAAGCAUAUCCGAGUGCCUUCAGUCUAUUUGAAACAAUGUCAAUGGCUCUUCCUAUGUUGAAUGAACAUUUAGCCUAAUUCAACUUGGAUAUAUGUAGGUCUCCAUUGAUCUAAUGUAUGAUGAUAAUGUAUUUCUUAUAACUGAGGCUACCUAAAAUAUGACCCAGGAUGUCCUAGUUAAUUAUCAUGUUUCCAUGAUAUUUAUUUAAUGAAAUGUAUUCUAGUUGCUCGUGAAUGGAAAGGAUAUUAAUUUUAUUUCAGGUUUACCUAUGAGUAAACUUUAGAGUUUAGGUUUGUUUUUUUCCGGGGGAAAAGCAUUGAUGGCCUAUACUUAGGAUAAGUCAUCAAUCUGUGAUUGAUGGAAGUAUGACCGCAGGAUCGCCAGUGAUCAGCAGUAUGAAGAGACAUCGGUACUCAAGUGCCAAAGCCCAUAAAUGUUUAUUCAGGCACAAUUGUUGCUUCUGGUGCCCCAAAUCUGGUACUUGGUGCUGAGCUGCCAUACCAGGCACAACCCUGAUUCUACUAAAUUAUAUCUUUAGAAUAGGCCAUCAAUGUGUUGUCAUGGAGGUCUCAUAUUGAGACCCCCCUCCCCCCCCCACGAUAACAAAUGAAUGGCCUGGGAAAAGGGCUAGGUCAUUGAUGUUUUCCCAGGAAACCCUUUUAAAUUAAAGCUGAACUAGAACUCUAUGACAAAAGGUUUAAUUGUACUAUAAUAUGCUUUUUCUGAGCACAUUGCAAAAAAUAAAAUAAAUUGAAAAUAAAUUUAAAGUAAAUUAUUAAGAGCAUAUGUGGUUGUCUGAUAGACAAUCGGUAUCAACGUUGUUAAAGAGUGUACUGUAUGAAAUGUUAGGUAUUAAUUAUACGCUAUCAAGUGGCACAAUAGAAACACGGUCACUGUGGUACCAUGAAAAGAAGCAGGCAUAUAAGCUAAAUAUAAUGAUGAUUAAAUAUGUAUGAACUUUUGAGAAUUGUCUCAAAAAAAUGCCCCCUUAAAAAAAAAAAAAAAGGAAGGACAUACAUAAAAGUAAAACUUACCUACCCAAGAAUAUAUUUUUUUUGCGAAUAUGUUUUCUUUCUUUGCACUGUCUAUUAUAAUGAAUAUACAGAUUCGUUGUUUCAAUAUUAAGCUCCUAUCUGCCCCGGUUGGUAUUCAAAUAGCACUUGACUCUUCCAGAAUUGUGUGUACCUUUUCCUUUAAUCAGAGGUACUGUGGUUGAGUAUAAAGAAUGCUCAGAUACAUUUAAAUGCACUGUACAAUUUUCCCUGUUUACAGGCUUACAUAUUAGGGAAAUGUUGCAAAAAUAAAAUUAAAAUAUAUAUAUAUAUAUAUAUAUAUAUACAUAUAUAUAUAUUUAUAUAUAAAAAGAUGUUUGUAUGUGCGACUACAUGCACAUACAGACAUAUACACCUACAUAAAUGUAAAUGAAUAAAACAAUUAUAUAUAUAUAUACAUACAAGUAUGCAUGUGUAUAUAUAUACUCUGCCAGUUAUGUACUUGACUUACAGAUAUGCUUAUACCAUGUAGACAAUGCUGUGAAAGGAAAUAGACCACACGUACUUUACAAAAUAGUGAUCUCUUUGGCCUUUACAGUACAGGGGUAUUUCUUGGUGUGCAAAAAAAACAUAAAUGUUUUUGUGGUUUUAUUUUAUUUUUAAUUAUUAAAAAAACAUACAUUUUGUUUAGGGGCGUUGUAUGUUAGGGCAUCAGUGGCAUGUCCAAGACUUAAUAUUCAUUGCAAAUAAAAUGGUAGAGGAAUUUCUAUGCCUUGGAUAUAUCCUGUUUUUUUUCAGGUUGUGCAUUGGGAAAAGAGAGGUUCCAUAUUAUAGAGUACUUAAAUCUAGGGAAACGCACACUCAUGUCGAUUAUGCUAAAACACAUCUAUUGUCUUUAUUUUCUGUACUUUUAGAAAGGUAUUUGAAUUUCAUGUUCAUGUAGUCUAGGAACUAUAGUAUUUAUAUUGAAGCUUGUAUUUUUUUUUUGAAAAGGUAUCGAUGUACCUUUUUAUGGUAGUGGUAUAAAACAGAGGCUGCCACAGUAUAUAUAUACAUAUAUAUAUAUAUAUAUCUAUAUAUAUAAAUAUAUUUUUUUUUAUUUCGGCAGGAUAUUAUAGUACAAAUUAUUUGUAUGUUUUAAAGCAAGAAAAAAAAAGAAAAAAUCAUGUAUGACAAUGUACAGUACAGAAGCCAUAUAAUGGCUACUUGGGAAUACAGAUUAGAAUGUCAUGCAAAAGAGCCGUCUUACAGAGGGCUGUACAUAUCCUUUUAUUUCGUUCUUCUCUCUUGCUGCCAUACUGUACACAGUACUACAAGCUGAUGGCAUUGGUUUGUUCUGUAGUGUGCUUUCUGUCUCUUUUUUCCACCUACAUUCCAGCAUCAAAACUUCAUAUGCAGUAAAAGAAACACAUUUUAUUUCUUUCCAUUGCCAAAAAUUAAAUGGUGCUUUAUAUUUACCGUAGAUUGAAGAAAAAAACAUUCAUAUGCAAAGCAUAUUAAAGUGGAGAAUUACUCAAGUCAGUACUUUUUCUUUUUUUGUAAAUGGCAAUGUAGACUAUUUUGUUAUUGGCCUUUUCUAUUCCUGUAAUGAAAGGUGUUUGUCGUAACUUGAAAUUUUAUCUUUUACUAUGGGAGUCACUAUUUAUUAUUGGUCAUGUGCUUAAUGUUUAAAACGUAGGCACACAUUUUGAUCUUUUUUUAAAUAUUUUUUCUUAUUAUUUUUUUUAUUUUAUUUAAUGACCAAAGGUCAUGCAAACCUGGCUUUUAUUGUAUUUGUUUCUGGUCUGUUAAUUUCUAUUGGAGAAACCACUGUCUGUGUUUUUUUUUGGCAGUUGUCUGCAUUAUCCUGUUCAUAUACCCAUUUUGUCCCUUUUAUUGAAAAAAUAAAAAAAGUAAUA